AUGUUCCACAUACGUGACAUCAUCUACAGCCGAAUACUCCAUGAAUAUUCUUCAGCGGAAUACAUAUUCCGCUAUAGCAAUAUAAAAGCCACCAACUCUAUCAAACUACAAAACUACAAAACUACAAAACUACAAAACUACAAAACUACAAAACUACAAUACAACUAUGUCAAAAUGUCCCACCUAACCUACUACAACUACGACGGCGUUGGCAAAGCCAAACAAGCCCAGUUCAAAUACAGCCAAGCUGUCCGCGUCGGCGACCGCAUUGAAUGCGCCGGACAGGGAGGGUGGAAUCCCAGCACAGGAACCAUCCCCCGCGACAUCAACGCGCAGAUCGACCAAGCCUUCGCGAACGUGGACCUGAACCUACGGAACGCAGGCGGGGCGGGCUGGAGCCAGGUAUACCGGGUGAAUUCGUACCAUGUACCGAUCAACGACGAGGCGCUGGAGGCGAUGGUGCGGAAUUUCCGCAAGUGGGUUCCGGGGCAUGAGCCGAUUUGGACCUGUGUGGGGGUGACGCGGUUGGGGGAGGAUGAUAUGAGGGUUGAGAUUGAGGUGGUGGCGCAUGUGCCGUAG